CCCACCAGCGGCCCACCUGUGCCCGCCAGCGCCCACCAGCGCCCAGCCAUGCUGCCCCGAGUGCUGCAGCUCUCCCUGUGCGCAGCAGCCCUGCAGCUAGUGAGCAGUGAGAGGAACUUCGUUCUGGUGAAGGAGGAGCUGAGCUGGUCCGACGCCCAGCAGCACUGCCGGCUACACCACACAGACCUCGCUGACCUGCAGCUAAGUGGCCUGUUGGAGCUGUCCUCCCUCAUGACCGGCACCCCAGCUUGGAUUGGCCUCUUUUUCGACGCAAGCACUUCUGGCCUGAGAUGGUCCAGCGGCUCCUCCUUCACAGCCCUGGAGUGGGCCCCAAAGCUGCCCGAAUUUGGGGUGGGCCUCUGUGCCACGCUGUACACUUGGCUGACAUUACCCAACAUUGGGGCUGCCUCCUGCACAGCCCAGAAGCCCUUCUUCUGCUACUAUGACCCUGAUGUCGGGCACCUCAUCUCCACGAAGCCCUCUCUCAGCCUAACCACCUCUCCAAAGCUAGCUGUGGUCCAGAUCGGUGGUCAGACCUUCAUGAGAUUUGACCAAGUGAUGACAUGGUACUCGGCCCUGCUGUACUGCCGCAGCCACCACACGGACCUGGCCGACCUGCAGAUAGUGACGGACAAGACAGGCAAGGAGGCCUUGAGAUCCCUCAUGAGUGAGACUGAAGCCUGGAUUGGCCUCUACCUCAAUGCGAACUCGGGAUCUCUCAGCUGGUCCAGUGAGCUGGGGACCAGCAUCCCCUCCUGGCUGCAGGUGCCGAUGAUGGUGAGAGGACUGUGCACAGCUCUCGGCAUCUAUGUGACCUACUCCCCGCAAGUGUACACAGUGAACUGCUCUUCCCUGCUGCCCUUCAUCUGCUUCUAUGACCCCUCGGUUGGACACCGGGCUUCGGCAGAGUUGCCUCCACUCUUGCAUGCUUCCUCUGCAGAAGUGACAGAGGAAACAACUCCCAGGCCAGGCAGAGUCCCAGGGACCAGCGCCGGACCCGUAGGCGCCUCGCAGGGCCCGGCUUCAGCGGCCCGGCUUACGCAGAGCGGGAGCCCGGAGCCCCGCGAACCCGGCCUCAGCUACCCCUACCUGCGCGCUUCCGCCUCCGCUGGCCCGGCGGCCCUCCAUCCCCAAGGGGCGGUGACACCCGGCCCUCCGGCCAACCUUACCUCGGUUUCGGGGGAAGGACCCAGGAUGCCUCCGGUCACUGCCCCGGGCGCGUCUUCCUACCUCACGCCCUCCACGUCCCAGUCCCCGAGCCCUGCUGGUCCCGCCUCUCGCGGGAGCUUCUCUGUUCCCCAGGAAGUGACUGCGGUUCUUCUGGCCUCCGCUUCGAGCCCCCAGCUCAACUCCACCCGCCAAGCCCCAGCUACUCCCAGGACAGCAGCACCCAGUGGGUCCCCCACAUCCAGCCGGGGCCUCGGCUCCCAAGCUCCCGAGAGCUCUCUGGGGACCAAAGAAAGCAUCUCGGACUCAUCUGGCUCAGGGAGCCCAGGCGCGCCCCAAAGGACAACUGCGCCCCAUGACUCUGCAGCCCUGAGCCAAAACACCAGCCCAGAGGCAGCUGGGAGCUGGGCAGGGCUCCAAACAGCUGUGACCAGUGUAGGGAGUGGCACUGACAGAAGAGAUACAGCUGCUGCCACGGAGGCCCAACAUUGA